UUGGUAAGAGAGGUCGCGUCGCUGCCACGCCGUGAUACGCGGGAGAUGCACAGAAAUCGCAUCGAGAAGAGCGCGUCGAAACGAUGGCGAGGUUCAGUACGGCGUAUACUUUCCGCUUCUGUUUAUAACCUCUCAUGUUUCACCCACGGGUGCAGCACUGGUUGGGUGUCAGGUGUACUAGGAACGGAGGCGUUAACAGGAGGUGCAUGGCUCGCAGCUUUACCGUGCUUGGUGGCGCUCCCAGCAGCACCCUUCUUUGCUGUGUUAGCUGAUGCUAAGGGCAGGAAAGCUGGGGCGUUUUGCAUUAGUGUUAGUUUUAUAAUUAGCUGGUCAUUAGCGGCAUGGUGUGGUCCGCGCGGUGUGUGGGCUGCCAGGAUCGCAGCGGGUGCAGGAGGUGCUGGUGCAUUAGCCCUGACACCGCUGUACUGUGCAGAGAUAGCGCCCAGAACAAGGGGUCUGGCCGCCAUGCCUGCUUUGGCUUGCAGUUGUGGGAUCCUGUUCGCGUACACCGCAGGUGGCAUGCUGUCCGCGCAUGCGCUGUCUUUGUCGAUGGCAAUACCACCUUUAGUGCUACUGGUGUCACUGUUGUGGCUACAGGAAACGCCUUCGUACCUCAUCAGCGUUGGAAAAAUACAGGAUGCAGCAAAAGUAAUAUGCUGGUUCGACGGUUCAGACUUCCAAGAGGACUUGACUGACGUCAUAGAACAACAAGAGGUCCGCAUCAGAACCUCAGAGUGCUACGGACGCAGGGAGGCCGUGCGGCGGCAGGACUCGGAUAUCUUCCAGCCAAUGCUGAAGAGGAGCAGCGGUUUGGACUCCAACUCGGAAAAGAAAGCGGAACCUUCACCUUGCAAAGAAUUGUUCCGCCACGGUCGCACCCGUCGCGCCCUCUUCUCCUGCUUCGUGCUUCUAUGCGUAGCAGCGGGCAGCGGCGCAGGCGCUGUCAACAGCUUCGCUGCAGCUGUGCUUCGGCAUUCAGCGCACACUGUGCCCCAUCUGAAUAUCACUGCGUACAACUUCACCAUUUACAAUGGAACAGUAGUAAGCAGGCCAUUGUUCGAGACCUCGUCAGCUGGCUCCGUGGUGUGUGGUGCGGCACUGGUGUUGGGUGCUGCGGUCGCCACAGUUACUGUCGACAAACUGGGAAGGAAGAUGCUGUUGCUUUGGUCGUGCUCCGGUAUAACGUGUUGCCUUGCUAUACUCGGUGUGUACUGCGACCCUCGACUUCGUAUGUUCUCCUGGUACACGCACCGGUGGUGGCCUUACAAAAGGAUUCCCGACAAAGAUAUCCAAGAGGGGGUAUUGAAUAUAUCUCAAAUGAUGGUAAACAUCUCUUACCCCGAGAAUAUCACGGGUGAAGUGUUGAAAAAUCAGACUCAAGAAAUAAAAGCAUGGAGAUUUUACGACAAUUAUAACCUGACUGCUAGCACUUGGUCACCGAAGUUCAAUGCUUCUGAACAAGGUUUAGACGCUACGAUGUGGACACCGGCAAUGUUGCUCUCGGUCGUACUAUUCUUGUACAACAUAGGACUGGGUUCCGUGCCUUAUGUACUUAUAUCCGAGCUGUUUACUAUCAAUGUUCGGAGUCUCGCUUCGAGUUUACUUAUAUCCUGGAUGUGGCUGAGCAAUUUUCUCCUUCUACGCUACUACGGCACUGUUGCUGUCUCUCUCGGACUCCACGGCACUUAUUACAUCUCCGCCUCUAUCACACUUCUGGGCUCCUUGUACACGUUCUUCGUUAUACCAGAAACGAGGGGGAGAAGCCAGGAGCAAAUCGACAAGGCUUUGGACGGCCCCCUCAUAGUGUUGAAGAAGAAAAGAAAGAAUCAGCGAUGACGAUUCUCCCAAACGUUUGUGGUAUUUAUUUUUUUAUAAUUAUGUUAUAAACAAUUAUUAAUAUUAAGUACAAAUAUAUCAAAUAUAGAUAUUAUAAAAAGAAAAACAUGCAUGAUCAUGCUGUAAAUUUUCAGUACUUACGGAACAAUUUUUCGAUAAUUCCAUAUGAAUAUACUCGAGAAAAUAUAUUAUUUUAUUUUUUUAAUAAAAAUAUGUAUUAAAAAAAAUGGCAGGUAAUCUAGAAAUAUAUUUUUAAAAUAUAAUACUAGUCUAUUAAAUUAUAAAGCCCCAAAUUUGUAGUAACCAACAAAAAAAAAAUAAUAAUAAGAUAUAUUCGAUCAUAAGUAAAAAUAAUACAUAAAUCUGGUGAGAUUUUGCAAAUUAUAAUGUUAUAGAAUUAACACAGAAAUAAAUAAAUAUCACCUAAUUGUUGUACGUUCGAAAAAAAUAUUUAUUUAUUUAUUAAUAAUUAUAUAAAUAUAAAUAAAUGUGUAUCAAUGUUAUGGUAACUCAAAUCUACACGUAUUUUGUGAUAGAAAAGUAAUUUAUUAUAAUAACUUUUGUGUGUUAAUUACUUAUAUCGGCUUUACUGACACUUUACAUUUGGGAAUGCCCAAUUCGUAAGGAACUCUUAGUCAUGAGCGCUUUUCAUGGCUGUGCUAUGAGCAGCACUGUACGGAUACUCCCAUUCAAACCUAUAGAUCUGUUCGGGAAUUAAAUCUAUCACGGACGAUGCGAGAACUCGACUGCAUUGUUGAUACACUAUCAGCUCCACCAUCACUACCACUACCGUUGACCGUAGGCAUGCGCUGUACGCAUACGGUGACAAACAGCACGCUAGUAGCGUAGUGCUGCUUGCGACACAGCCGUGGACCACGCUCAUGAAUAAGAGCUCCUGUCACAGGUAAUAUAAUACUAUACUAGUACAGAUGCAUCAUCUUGAACGAACAAGUGAAAAGCUUUAAGCCGGCUUAUUCUCCGGUUAAAUUUUUAGUCGUUCAUAUGUGCGCUAGAUGCCGCUACUUUCCUAGCCGCCCGCCAGCUCGGGCUAAUAAAUUAAUUUACCGAUGACUACUAGUUGCGUAAGCAACCAAUAGAUGGCGUAAAUCUCUGUGGCGUUAAUGUUGUGGAAUGUUCUACCUAUACAUAUAAAUAAUAAUUACCUAUCUAUCUGAAUCAUUUCGGUGGUCUCGUCUUGUGUUUUUUGCUCCUGUUGAGGUUGAAAUUAGACGAGCAAUUCCGAAAUUAAAACGUGAGUAAAGUCGACAUAAAUAAUUAUAAUACAGUAUGACUCACGAUAGUUAUUAUUUUUGUGUUUGUACCGAUAUAAUUUUAAAUAAGUCGAGUGCCUAAAUAUGCAAUAUUCAAUUAAAUCUCUCGUCUCGAAAUGUACAGAAAACAGUAUUAGAAUCAAUGCUGAAAGAAACGAAAUAUCAAUAGAUCCAUCAUAUCAGCCUUUAACAUAAGUCUCCCCCUGGGGGGGAGUCCCGAUAGUUACCACGCUUGGCAAGCGGAUUGGCAACCGCAGUUAGGCUUUAGAAAUCUUUUAAGAGGAACGCUGCUGGUCAUCUCUCGCCCUCUCUUAGUCGCCUUUUAUAACACCCAAAAAAAUAAAAGGAAGGGGUGGUCUAUUCUAUGCCGGAACGAUUCUAAUGCUGGGUUCAGACUGUUAUUUACUGAACCAGAAAACGCAACAAACUCAGUUAUUAGUAUAUUUAAAGCAAUUAGAAUAUUUUAUUAAUAAUCUAGUGAUGAUUUUUAAAUAUUAAUUUAUUAUUUUUUAUAAUCCUAUACAAUACAGAAAAUUCGAAAACCUUAGCAUCCUUUUCUAGGAUAUUUUACCAGAGAAGCCAAAUAACAAAAGAACUGAAAAACGAUAAAAAAUAUUAAACUCCUAUUUUUUAAAUAUGUAAUUGUUAAUGGUGUUCCUGAUUUACCAGCAAUUAAAUAUACAAUACACAGUUUUAAUUUUGAAAACGUAACCAUAAUAGCAGAUUCAAUUGUCAUGUUUAUGCAGAGAGUUCAAAAUAUUUUAUCGACAAAAGAAACA